ACUAAAUUCCGUUAAAUUAAUGUGCACGUUCAGUUUAGACGCAUUAACUGUAUAAGUACUUUACUGAUAUGUAGUUUCAUCAUUUCAUCACUUUCAUCUCUCGUAGUCCAGCAUUUUCGACCGACUGAACAAAACAUAAAGAUGGGCUCGUUGUCUCAAAUCGCCAUCCUCAUCAAAACAACCAACUUUGCUGCAACCAAGCAUCGUAACCAGAGAAGGAAGGACCCCUCGAAAACGCCAUACAUUAACCAUCCAAUAGGAGUAGCCAACAUUUUAGUCGAAGAAGGCGGAAUUGAAGACCUAGCAGUUAUACAAGCAGCUCUUCUUCACGACACGGUUGAAGACACAGAUACCACGCUGGCAGAGUUGGAACAACAUUUCGGCUCCAAGGUUUCAAGCAUCGUGGCCGAAGUCACAGACGACAAGCUUAAGCCAAAAGAAGAACGGAAACGACUCCAAAUAGAACAUGCAGCCCACGCGUCAACUGAGGCCAAAUUGGUGAAGAUGGCGGACAAGAUUUACAACUUGCGUGACCUGGAGAAAGCCCUCCCUCUCGGGUGGGAUGAUGCCAGAAGACGAGAAUACUUCGUUUGGGCAAAACAAGUUGUAGUUCAUUGCUAUGAGGCGAAUCCAGCGCUGGCAAAUAUUCUCAAAGAGAUUUUUACACGAAGCAUCAAUUUUUAAGGUGCUGGUGGGUGGAGACUAUUUAUAAUGUGUGUACCAGUAUUCACUAUUAAUAGUUUUUACACAUUCCCAUAUCCACCAUUUUUUUUAUAUAAAUGGUAUCUAGUAAACAAACAUAAAACAUCACAAUUACAGCAUUAUGGCAUUACAAACAGAUUGUAUGAAGUAGUAGGACAAUAAAAUACAUAUUUGCAUAG